AUGCUAGAUGUACACUGUUGUGAUCAUGAGCAAUGCGGAUCCUCUGUCAUUGAUAUUUCAACUCCACACACUUUACAAAGAGAUUUCAAUAAUUGGUUGAAUGGCAUCGAAGUUCCGAACUCCUAUGAAUCCCAACAAAGUGAUUCUUCAUCUUCUAACGAAGAUUCCGGAUCAAAGGCAUCCUCUCCGAAUACCAUGCGACCCAAUCCAUCUCAAGAUGGUCGGAAGAACAGGAAAAAAGGCACAAAUCUCUAUGGGCGACCGUAUUGUCCUGGUCGACCGUUAUCAAUGGAAGAACGGACCCGAAUUAUUCAAUUGCAUAACAGUGGAAUGAAAGUCAACGCCAUCUCGAAGUCUCUGUGCAUAUCUCAUGGCUGUGUUAGCAAGAUUAUCAGCCGAUUUCGAGCUACCGGAGUCCUCCUACCUGCGUGUUCUCCUGAGCAGCGGAAAUCUCGAAAACGAAAAUCAUCAAUGGAAGGAUCUUCAAUGGAUCAGAGUUUCAUACCAGUUUAUGUGGCGAUGCAAGACGCAAAUGGAAAUGAAUAUCUCAACGAAUACUAUAGCCUUCCAGUCGUUGUCAAAUCCGAACCUUCAAGCUACGACUACACAGUUUCAAUCUGA